GCAGGUGGGGGCGACAGCCCCGCCUCCGCGUCCCGGCAGCACCAGAGCUGGCGGCCGGGGAGCGAGCGGGGCGCACCAGGCACUGCACGGAGCGCAGCCCGGAGCGCAGCGCAGCCGCAGCAGCGUCGCCGGGAGCUCGGGCGCUGCGGGACGGAGCCCGGAGCCCGCAGGCUGCAGCGAGGACGUCAGCCGCAGCUCGAGUUCCGUCCGGCCCCAGGCGCGGCCAGCGGCAGAGCCGACACCAUUCUCUGGGGACCAUUCUCAAGCAAGAGACACCAUCGCUGUGACACAUGCCGGUGCCACCGCCGCCACCACCUCCUCCUCUGCCUCCACCUCCCCCACCUCUGGGGGCUCCUCCCCCUCCCCCACCAUCAGCACCCCCGGUGAGUACAGACGCUUCCGGCUUGAAGAAGGUAGAUCCCAAAGGUCGGAGUGCACUGUUGGCCGACAUCCAGCAAGGAACUCGCCUACGGAAAGUCACACAGAUCAAUGACCGCAGUGCCCCGCAGAUCGAGAGUUCUAAAGGCGCCAACAAAGAAGGAGGAGGUUCUGCAAACUGUCAAGGUGGGAGCACGCCCCCAGCCCUGGGAGGUCUGUUUGCCGGGGGCUUUCCUGUGUUGCGACCAGCAGGCCAGAGGGAUGCAGCAGGCGGCAAGACAGGGCAGGCCCCUGGCUCCCGAGCGCCUUCUCCUCGGCUUCCCACCAAAACUAUCAGCGGGCCGCUGAACCCCCCGGCAUCUCCCAAGCUGGGCAGUGCCUCCUCCGAGGCGCAGGGCGCUGCCAGAGCUGUCCCUCCUCGCCCCAGCGUGCCUGCCCCGCCUCCUCCCACGCAGCCCCCACCGCCCCCACCCUUACCCCCACCCCUGCCCUCCUCCUCUGCCAUCAAAUCUCCCCUAGUGUCCCCACCGGGCUCACAGACCAAAGGUAAUACCCUGGGGGUGGCCCCCCCUCCGCCCUCGGCACCUCCCCCUCCCCCACCUCCCCCAACCCCACCCCCUCUUCCCCAGAACUCCAUUCUCAGUGACAAGGCAGUGAAGCCUCAGCUAGCCCCCUUGCCUUUGUCACCCAUCCCGCCCCCGCUCCCUCUCCUCCCGCCUUGCGGGUACCCCGGACUCAAUGCCGAUGCUGCCAGUCCCACUCAAGAUGCUCCGGAGCCUUCUGCCCCGCCGCCCCCACCGCCCCCGCCCCCGCCACCACCGCUUCCCCUUUACGCCUCAUGCACCCCGAGGUCCUUGGUGCCUGCGCCCCCUAUGCCAGGCGCCAACAACGGCAGUGAAGCCCCACCCCCACUGCCCCCCAAGUCGCCCAGCUUCCAGGCUCAGCCACUGAAGCCGAGCGCGCAAGCCUUGCCCGCUCCGCCCGCGCCUCCCGGGUCGCAGCCGUUCCUGCAGAAGAAGAGGCCCGGCCGAGGCCCAGGCACCAGUGGGGCGAAGCUGAAUCCACCGCCGGCUCCUCCUGCGAGAUCCCCCACCACGGAGCUUUCAAGCAGGAGCCAGCAGGUCCCAGGCUGGACCCAGACGCAGCAGCCCGGGGGCCAGCUGCGGAACGGGAGCCUGCACAUCAUCGACGACUUUGAGUCUAAAUUCACGUUCCAUUCCAUGGAAGACUUUCCUCCUCCGGAUGAAUAUAAACCAAGCCAGAAGAUUUACCCCAGCAAGAUCCCCAGAAGCCGGACGCCUGGUCCCUGGCUCCACGCCGAGGCUGCUGCGCAGAGCUCCGAUGACAUCAAAGGCAGAAACGCUCAGUUACCUCUGAAGACACUGCGGUGAGAAGACGGAGGAGGCCGGCGGCCUGCGCGCACCUGGGGCGCCCUCCGGGGGACAGGCCUGCCGGGAGACCGCGUCCGACCUCACCACACUCAAGCUGUAAUUCAGCUGACA